AUGGUUGUCAAACCAGAUGAUGUAACUAAUGUUGCUACCGCUGAGAAUGAGGAAACUAAUACAAAGAAUAUGACUCAAGGUCAAUCUUCAUAUUAUACUAGAAAGGAAAAUGCAGAUGAUGUUGAUCAGUUAGUUAAUGUGUACUUUCUGAUUGAUCCUCCUCAUGUUUCACUACAAUGGGUUCCCACUGUCAAAUCUCAUGCAGAGGAGAUACAUAAACUAGAUAUCACUGUAAACACGUCUAAUGUGGACAAAAAUAUCACAACUCUUGAAACAACUUUGACAUCGGUUCCUCUGUUCGACGACUGUUACUCCACCAUAGAUUUCUACUAUUGA